AUGGAGGGCUAUCGAGUGCACCGCUACAGCAACGGCGAUGUAUACGAGGGUUACUUCCGCGCCGGCCUCAGGCACGGCCGGGGCACGCUGCGAGCGGCGAACGGCGACGUCUACGCUGGGGACUGGGUUCGGAAUGAGCGGGAGGGAUUGGGACGUGAGGAGUACGCGUGCGGCGACGUGUACGACGGCACCUGGCGCAAUGGUAUCAAGGAGGGCCGAGGCACCUACUCGACCGCCAGCGGCGAGGUGUACAUCGGUCCGGUGCGCGACGACGAACCAUACGGCGAAGGGCUGUACACCUUUGCGGACGGCGAGUCGGAGGUGUCGCGCUUCGAGGCGGGCGACCCGGUCGGCGGCGGUGUGCGCUGGCGAGCACUCUCGCGGCCCACCGCCCGCCGCCGGCUUCCCGCCGCUGCGUGCCCGGGUGCCUCCGUAGCGGACGACUCCUCGGCGGCGGCGGACUUGGAGGCGGCCUCCUCGGUGGUCGCCUCCUCGGUGGCGGCCUUCUCGGUGGCAGACUCGGCGGCGGCGGACUUGGUGGCGGACUCCUCUCGAGGUCUCGAGGCGGUCAAAGGCGGCCCGGGGCUGGACGCGGGCUGGCGUGUGCCGGGCAUGAUGACCGGGCAUGAUGACCUCGGCGGAGCUCCCUAG